AUGGGUUUGAGAGAUAUUGGAGAAAGUCUGCCACCAGGUUUCAGGUUUUACCCUAGUGAUGAAGAAUUGAUUUGCCAUUAUCUGUACAAAAAGAUUGCUAAUGAGGAAGCUGUGAGGGGCACUUUGGUGGAGAUUGAUCUUCAUGUUUGUGAGCCAUGGCAACUUCCAGAUGUGGCCAAAUUGAAUUCAAAUGAGUGGUACUUCUUUAGCUUCCGUGACCGGAAAUAUGCAACCGGGUUUAGAACAAACCGAGCCACCACCAGCGGCUAUUGGAAGGCCACCGGAAAAGACAGAGUCGUGCUCGAUCCAAAAACACAUGCAAUUGUGGGCAUGAGAAAGACUCUUGUCUUUUACAAAAAUAGAGCUCCGAACGGGAUCAAAACCGGGUGGAUUAUGCACGAGUUUCGGCUGGAAAACCCUCACUUGCCACCUAAGGAAGAUUGGGUACUAUGCAGAGUAUUUCACAAAUCAAGAGGAGAUUUAAACAGCCCUACAAUAUGUAAUGAACUCUACCAACAAAGCAACAUAUCUUCGCUCGGUUUAUCGUCGACUCAAGUGGGCCCCACGAACCUUCUAUCUCAUGAUGAAAUGAAUGAUGAUGAUGAUAAGUAUAAGCCUCUUGUGCCAUGCAACAAUAAUAAUAAUAAGUGUGAGGAUGAAUAUGGAUUCUUGUUCGAUCUUGACUGCCCGAGUAAUAAUGAAGUGUGGAUGAUAUGA